UCCGUAGGUUCCGUUCCCGAUGUUGAUUCUUGAACGAUUGUUUGUUAACUUGUCAAUUAUUGUAGUUGGGCUACUUGUUGAACAAAAAGUUACUUUCAAUUGAGACACAGUUUUAUUAGUAUUUACUGCGUUUCGUAAAAAUGUCAUAGUUUUCUCAGACUAAUACAUCAGGAUCUGCAUUAUUUGUGAUUGGCUGUAAACAGAUUUGAAAAUGGAAGUAAAACGUUGUAGUUUGAGAAAAUCGCUAUCAUCCAGACAUUCCAAAAGCACAAAUGAAUUGGUAUCUGACGAUGACGCAGGGCCAACAAAUCUUGAUUGUAUUGAACCUGGACUAUGGCUAGGAAACUUGACCGCAGCUAUGGAUUUGGAUAUGCUGGAGGAUAGAAAGAUCAAUCACAUUUUGACUGUCGAUUCAUGUCCGCUGCCAAGAAACAUUCUUUCGAUACCAAGUAUCAAGAGCAUGUAUGUUCAAGUUACAGAUAUACCUUGUGAAGACUUGUUGAGUCAUUUUGAGGAUACAUACAAAUUUAUUUCUGAUGGACAGUCGAAUGGUGUCGUGCUUGUUCAUUGCUAUUUCGGUGUUUCAAGGAGCGCAACUAUUGUUAUCGCAUAUUUUAUGAAAAAAUACCAGCUGCCAUUCAAUGAAGCUUAUGAGAUGGUUAAGAAGCAGCGUCGUUUUGUUGGGCCGAAUAGAGGAUUUGAAGCGCAGUUGAAACUAUAUGAGCGAAUGUGCUAUCAUAUAGAUCGCAGUAAUGCCCAAUUUCGCAUGUACAGAUUGGCGAUUGCUGCCGAUAAAGUCAGAAAAGUGAAAAUUCUUCCUCAAGACUGUUUGGAUGUGGUGAAACCAGAUCCGGCUUUGAUAACUGUCAGGCCUGAUCCAUUAGUGUACAGAUGCAGGAAAUGCAGGCGUAUUGUAGCAUCAGCCAGCAACAUAGUACCUCACGCUGCCAGGGAAAAGCCUUCGUGGAAAACUGAAAACUGGCCUCCUGUUGAGCCGGAAAAGUCGCUGUGCAACCUGACCUACUUUGUGGAGCCAAUGACCUGGAUGAAAGCUGCUAUUCAGUCGGAGCAGGGCAAAAUCUACUGUCCCAAGUGCAGCUCCAAGAUUGGUUCAUUCAGCUGGAUUAUGGGGUGUCAGUGCCCCUGUGGAGCCAAGGUUUCUCCGGCAUUCUACUUGGCGCCCUCAAAGGUGGAGUGGAGCAACUUUGUUCAGAAUGUUCAGGUUACUGUUUAAAAUUAUCUGCAUGUGAUAAGGUAAUGUGAUAGAUGUAAUUAUUGAGCAGUUCAAAUCAAACUAGUCAUUAGAAUAUAAGUGAAAGAAUUUCAGAUUAUUUUGUAGGUUUUAUUUUUUAACAUUCGACAACAGAGUAUAACUAGUCUUAAGAAUUUGUGAAAGAAUUUCAGGUUAUAUUUUUUAAUCUAAGUCUUACUAGUCAUUAGAAUUUGUGAAAGAAUUUCAGAUUAUUUUGCGUGUAUUUUCUAUGCAUUUGUUAUUCAAAUGGCAUAAAAAAUUGUUCCAGUUGUAAUUUAAAAGUACAUACAAGCUCAGAUGAACGAAAGGGACAUCAUUAACAGUUUGAAAGAGAAAGUUUACAUGUGUAUGCAUCAACUAGAGCUCCCCCCCCCUGUUAUCUAAUUGUCUAGAUAGAGGAUGUUGAAGAUUCGAAAAUAUUACGUAUCGUGGACUUCCAGGAGGGAGUGUAAGAUAAGUCCACUGUAAAAUAUACUGUACACAUAUGAGUUGUAUACACGUUAAACCGUGUGUUACUUUCAUUUUUUCCAGCGACCUCGCUUGUAUCACAAAUGCUUAUAGAACGUAGGGCACUACGUGUGUUGGAAAGUUUGGUGUGGGUGCAUUAAUGCCAGACGAAGUAGGAAGCUACUAGAAGUAGCAAAGUAAUGACAAUUCUUACUAUUUAAUUUAAUUAACUUAAAUUUAUUUAAUUCAUAUAACAUUUGGGAUGACUAUUCUGAUGAAUACCACUCAUUAUAUUCCUGAUGAUAUAUCCAGGUGUGUAAUGGCAUUAAAUUAUUAUCAUAAUUUUUCACAUGGAUGUCACCGGUAGAGAUUCUCUCAUCCAAAAUGCUAUCUUUAAUUAACCAAGUUGUGGGUACAGUAUGCCAUGUAGCCCUUAAUAGUUACACGUUGUACAUUAGUUGAGUCACAUACUACUGGACCAUUAAUUGAAUGUGUAUUACCAUACAAAUCGGAAUAGGAAACCACGUCUUUAGUGGUUGAUACAACUAUGCCUUGAUAUUCGUAGAACUCCUUGAUAUCAAGUGUAUCAAAUAUUGGUAUUGAGGCCGUAACCUCUGAACAUAAGUAAGUGUUGCUAUGGUACAAGCAUCCCGACAAGUCUCGCCUAACAUUUAUCCCUAUAUGGGUCGGUCCAACAGCUGAUACAACAUCAGUAUAAUUGUUUAAUCGAAAGGCAAAAGCUAUACCUGCAGAAGUAAGAGCCGAUUUAAUAUAUGGGGCUAUGAUUACGGCACGAACGUAACCUAGACUUAAUACGGUGGACAUAUCAACAUGUAUGCGAGCAUAAGUAUAAAACAACAAUGGGUUGUCUACAUAUAUGGAAUCUUUCAUUCCUAAAAACUUCUCGAUAACGUCGUUAACAUCUCAGGUGGUAUUAAUGCGGAAUUGAUCGUUCCGCUUCGGAUGGCGUCUAAAAUGGAACUCACUUUAGCAUGCAUUUUAGUAUUGAUGAUCUCGGCCACCAGUCGCAAUGAAGUCUUGCAUAUACGCAGAUCCAGUUCGGUGAUGUUAUCUUUCAACUUGAACAUAUUACAUAUAGGCUAUAUAUUCGUCUGAUUUUGAGGAAUGUGCCUCAACUAUUUUAAGAAUCAUGCGCAUUUCAAGAAUCUGAUUUUGCAAAUCAUCAAUAGUAAACCAGUUCCAAAUGGUGCCAACCAUUGAUACACCAAUACCCUCUACAGCAGCAGCACCUAUUAUUAGGGGGGCUAACCUUUUCCUACGCUUUCCGAUCAUGGAUCCAACACCUCGGCCAAUUGAUUGCACUUCAUCGUAAGCAGUAUGUCCACGUA